AUGGAAGAAAAAGAAGAUGAUACCAAGAUCAGCAUUGCAGAGCCAAUUCAAGAUCAUCAAGAAACCACAUUCUCUUUCGAUUUCCGAACAGAAUUUCUUCAAGAUGAAAACAAGACCCCAUUCUUUAAACCCCGUUCUCGUAGGAGAAGAAGAGACACCUGUGUCAUUUUUGCAUUCGUUAUCAUCCACUUGGUAGUCUUUCUUAUCACAAUGGCCGUCAAUGAUUGUGGCUAUAAUUCUCACGGCGACUGCGCCUUCAAGGCCUUGGGGAGAAUGUCGUUUCAGCCUCUUCUUGAAAACCCUUUUCUUGGUCCCUCUGCCUCCGCGCCCAUUUUCUCUCCAUGUUUGAGAAUGUCUAGACCUGUUUAUUGGAAGCAAAAUGCGGUUGUGGAUAAAACUGAAGAAAGUCUGGAUAAAAUGGGGGCUAUUCGCAAGACAUUGUUGGCAGAACAUCAAACUUGGCGUCUCUUUAUGUGCCCAUUAUUGCAUGCUGGUGUCUUCCACUUUAUGAUCAACCUUCUCUGCAUUAUCUUUAUAGGAAUUUACCUGGAGAAAGAGUUUGGAUCAAUAAGAACUGGGAUAAUCUACAUGCUGUCUGCUUUUUCUGGUACCUUGGUAACUGCAAUUUUUGUCCGAGAUAGUCCAGCAGUUUGUUCUUCCGGUGCUCUUUUUGGUUUACUAGGGGCUACAGUUUCUGCACUUACAAGGAAUUGGAAAUUCUACACCAAUAAGGUUGCGGCUCUGCUGACGCUUUUCUUUGUGGCUGGAUUCAAUUUAAUGCUUGGCUUGCUACCUUACAUGGACAACUAUUCAAGCAUUGGAAGUAUGAUAUCAGGAUUUCUACUUGGACUUGUGCUUUUUUACACCCCUCAACUUAGGCAAGUGGCUCAAAACAAAAUAGGUCUUUGUGAGUAUGGCGUCAAAAGUUCAUUUAACUGGAAGCAGAAGCUGGACAGGCCUGUGCUGAGGAGUGCUUCCCUGAUCCUUUUCUCUCUUCUGUGGUGUAGAUACAUAGACUGCAUUCCUUACAAAAGGUGGAGUUGCAAUGACCUAACGUCAUCCUGUGAGACUAGCAAGCAUAAAGAGGAUUGGUUACUAAAGGUCGAGAAAUGA